AUGGACGAAUCAACCGAUAUUGCUGGUCUUGCUGUGCUAUUGGUGUUCGUUCGUUACGUAAACAUGAAAUCUUUUGAGGAAGAACUUUUAUUUUGUAAACCACUUUUACCUAAUACGACAGGGGUUCAAAUUUUCGGUUUAUUGGAUGAUUUUUUAACAGAAAAUCAGAUUCCAUGGACAAACUGUAUCGAUGUAUGUACAGAUGGUGCUAGGGCCAUGACAGGUGCAACAGCUGGAGCAAUAGCUAAAAUAAAGGAGAAAUCGAAUGAAACUACUAGUAGUCAUUGCAUACUUCAUAGACAUGCUCUAGCAAUGAAAAAUAUUCCUCUCUGUCUAAAAAACAUAUUGGAUGAAGCCAUAAAAAUAGUCAACUUCAUCAAGUCACGUCCUCUGAAAUCUAGACUUUUUAAAAUCUUGUGUGACGACUUGGGAAGUAUUCAUAAUACGUUACUUUUCCAUACAGAAAUCCGGUGGUUAUCUCGCGGUAAAGUAUUAACACGGUUAAUGGAAUUAAGGGCUGAAGUUUCUUCAUUUCUAAUGGACCACAACGUUACAUUAACUGAAACUAUGAAUGACGAAGAACUUUGA